AUGUCUGCACACGUGAUCUCGAAGAUCGGCGGCGACAGCCUCGAUGUGAUCAAGAUCCGUCGCGCGCUGCUCAGCGUGAGCGACAAGACGGGCCUCGUGGAGCUCGGCCUCAAGCUCCAGAGCCACGGCGUCGAGCUCCUGUCUACGGGCGGCACGGCGGCGGCGCUCCGGGGCGCGGGCAUCCCCGUCACGGACGUGGCGGACUACACGGGUUUCCCCGAGAUGCUCGGCGGCCGCGUGAAGACGCUGCACCCCAAGGUCCACGGCGGCAUCAUGUACGUCCGCGGCAACGCGGAGCACGAGGCGAGCAUCGCCGAGGCGGGCAUCAAGGGCAUCGACCUCGUCGUGCUCAACUUGUACGCCUUCGAGGCCACGGUCGCCAAGGGCUCGGACUUCGCGACCUGCGUCGAGAACGUCGACAUCGGCGGGCCGUCGAUGUUGCGGUCGUCGGCGAAGAACCACGCCUACGUCGCCAUCGCGACGUCGCCGGACCAGUACGGCGCGUUGACCGAGGCCAUGGACGCCUCGGGCGGCGCGACGCCGUAUGUGCUGCGCAAGCGCUUCGCCGCCGCGGCCUUCGGUCACUCGGCCGCGUACGACGGCAUGAUCGCGUCGUGGUUCGCGGGGCAGGUUUCGGACGAGGCGGACGGCCCCGCGCCCGUCGCGACGCGGGGCUACUCCCUGGCGCGGCCGCUCAAGUACGGCUGCAACCCGCACCAGAAGCCCGCGGCGCUCUACAAGCCCCUGGGCGGCUCGCUGCCCUUCACGGUGCGGUCGGGCGCGCCGGGCUACAUCAACAUGCUCGACGCGUUCAACGCGUACCAGCUCGUGCGCGAGUGCCGCGAGGCCCUGGACCUGCCGGCGGCGGCGUCCUUCAAGCACGUGUCGCCCGCGGGCGCGGGCCUCGGCGUGCCGCUCACGGCCGUGGAGCGCCGCGCGUACGAGGUCGACGCGGCGGCCGAGCUCACGCCGCUGGCCACGGCCUACGUGCGCGCGCGCCAGGCGGACCCGCUCUGCAGCUUCGGCGACUUCGUGGCGCUGAGCGACGUCGUCGACGUCAAGACGGCGGAGGUGCUCAAGAAGGAGGUGUCCGACGGCGUCAUCGCGCCGGGCUUCGACGACGACGCGCUGGCCAUCCUCAGCGCCAAGAAGGGCGGCAAGUUCGUCUGCGUCGAGGUCGACCCGGCCUACGUCGCGCCGGCCAUGGAGUACCGCGAGGUCUACGGCGUCGGCUUCUCGCAGAAGCGCAACGACCGCGCCGUGACGCUCGCGGACGUCGCGACGGACUCCGUCUCCGGCGGCGCCAUGCCCGCGGACGCCCAGCGCGACCUCGUGCUCGCCUCCAUCGCCUGCAAGUACACGCAGUCCAACUCCAUCGUCUUCGCCAAGGGCGGCGGCGUCGUCGGCGUCGGCGCGGGCCAGCAGUCGCGCGUCGACUGCGUGAAACUCGCGGCGAAGAAGGUCACGACCUGGUACCUGCGCCAGUCCGACGCGCUCCUGGACCUGCCGCUGGCGCCGGGCCUCAAGCGCCAGCAGCGCGUCAACGCGCGCGUCAAGUACAUCGAGGGCGGCCUCGACGGCCAGUCGCCGCAGGAGAAGGGCGCGUUCGACGCGCUCUUCGCGUCCGGCGCCGCGCCGCCGGAGCUCACGCCCGCGCAGAAGGCGGCGAUCCUGAAGACCCUCGACGGCGUCUCCCUCUCCUCCGACGCCUUCUUCCCCUUCCCGGACAACAUCGACGUCGCGGCCAAGUUCGGCGUCAAGUACAUCGCCCAGGCCGGCGGCUCCGUCCAGGACGCCCAGGUCAUCGACGCCGCCAAGGGCUACGGCAUGAUGAUGGCCAUGACGGGCCUCCGCCUCUUCCACCACUGA